AGCUUCAGGCCGCCGGCAUCAGGCGCAAUGGGGUACUUCAUGAUAAGCCAAUUUAAGCUCUUUUAUCCAAAACAUAUACCUCAAAUUCAAGGGUGCUCAUGAUCCGUGACCAACCUUGCUCGCACUCAGCUCUCUGUAACACACGUCGUUCACCUGUUUCACAAUUUGUUUCGUCACUUUAUGAUAAAUUCUAACCAAUCACAAUUGGCACCGAAAUUGCUGUAUUAGGUAUCCUCUGUAUUCGGGGAUAGAGCAGUCCUCGUGUCUUGCCUCAUCCAUGUUCAAUUUCUUGUUCUCGUGUUGUGUUCGUCAGCGUCGCCGCGACCCAACGCUUCCCGAUGAACGCACCUUUCUAAUCCCCGCCACAACCGCAAGCGAGACUCCUACGCCUCAGCCGCGGGUGGUCGACCAUCAAAAGCUAAAAGAGCGCUUGGGUACCGUAGUCCGCUCAAAAGAAGGAAAAAUGGUCAAUGUGAAUGUUGCCUUCCCAUUUAACCUCCACAACCAGUCCCUUGGCGACCCUCCGUCUCGUAGUGUCUCAGGUGGGACCCUGGAUAGCAGUCGGCGGGCAUCGCGAUCUCCUGCACGUGAUUCUCUACACACGAGGUAUUCGAGCACUUCACUACACCGUGAUGCGGAAGCUUCCGCUUCUCAGAGCAAUGACGCCAUGGAUGGAAGAAGCGAUCCGUACAAGCCGAUAUUAAAUGUCCGGCUUGUAUCGACUCCUGUGAGCAACGGCGCAAACAGGACAAUUAAUGGCAUCUCUCGGGGGCGACCAGGGCGUGGGAUCGAACAUGGACGAGCGACGGUUGUCAGUGCUAACCACAUUUCUCACCCUGACGAGGACGACGAAGAAAACCAAAAUGUGGCUGAAGACAGUAAUGCGCUGACACCUCGUCCACAGACUGGUGGGGAUCCAAAUAAUUCGUCUGAUACGGACCCCUCUGAGCCAUCCCGUGAUGCCAAUGUCAACCAUACCGAGGAUUUCACGAUUCGUGACGCUGGUGCCAUAUCACGUUCCUGGGGGGACUGAAUGCUCCGAUAUUUUAUUCUAAAAUCUGCACGUUCAUUCCGGAACUUGGUCGUCCAUGUAAGGUAGUACAUAACCCUUGCAUGUAUUUCCGGGUGCUGCAAGGAUUGUUCCGCAUAGUCGAUCUGCCGGAUCUAAUU